CGUCUGUCACCUGUGUCAUGAGCAAUACCACCAACCAUGUCUUCUGGACUGCUACCACAUCUUCUGUGCCAGUUGUCUGCAUGGCAGGGCCAAUGACAUUCGCCUCAAUUGCCCCCUCUGUGGAUACCCCUCAGUUGUGAUGGGGACAAAUGCACUUUCCCCAGAGGACCGUUUGCUCAAGUUCCUGGUGGAUAAUUCGACAGACAUUGUAGUACAGUGUGCUAACUGUGAUGUGGAGUGCAAGGCACAGGAUGCUGGGGUCAUGUUUUACUGUAACACCUGCAGCCAGCCACUGUGUGGAGAGUGCAGAGAGCUCACACACAAAGCCAGGAUGUUUUCCCAGCAUGAUAUUGUGUCCCUGGCCAAACGCACCAAAGAGGGCCACCACAAGUGCUCGUCACCGAAAAUCUCAGACACCGAAUAUUUCAGAACACCGGCCGCAGCGCUGCUGGCAGAGGCAGACCGGCGGGGAGACUCGGUGUGAAGAUGAGAGUCAUAUGGCGCACGGGCAGAGCAGCGGGCAGACUCAUGAAGACGAAAAGCAGGAAUGCGCCGAUCUGCCUAAAUGCUUCUAUGUUCGUGCGAAUCAUUCGCAAUCCAGCUUCAUCUACAGAACGCUCCAUGAAAAGCUUUACAUCAUGUUUUCAACCGAGAAAAAGUCCAUGCUGUGCAUCAAGUGUUUCAGAGACAUGCAAAUUGAGAAUCGCACCCACUGCAUUGACAUUGAGACUGCAUAUGGGCAGGGAUGUGAAAUACUGGAUCAAGCUGUUCUGGUAGUGAAGGAGCUACAGACGUCAGCACGGGAGGCCAUCGUAUUACUGAAGGCCAUGCUGGGUGAAGUGCGGAGAAGUGCAGAGGAGGAGGAAAGUGCUAUCUGUACUCUGUUCGACAGUAUGCAGGAAAAACUCGCAGAUAGGAAAAGUGUCCUGUUAAAAGCAGCUGAAAGUCAACAUGAAGAGAAGGAGAAGGCACUAAAGGAACAGCUUUCUCACUUGACCACCCUCCUGCCCACGCUUCAGGUGCACCUGGACACCUGCUCCUCUUUUCUCAGCUCAGCCAAUAAAUACGAGUUCUUAGAUAUGGGAUAUCAGUUGAUGGACAGACUGUGUGGCAUUGUAAAGCUUCCUCAUAAGCUUCGUCCUGUCCAGAAUAGUAAGAUAAACACAGACUACCAUGCUGAGUUUGCCUGCUGUCUGGAGCCUCUUCUGUUGUUGGGCCAGCGGAGGCCUGGCUCUGUAACUGCAGGAAUUACCUUGAGUAACAGGCUGUCCCCUCUGUCUAUGUCGUGCCCAUCCCCUUCUCUCAGUGAAAUGCCUUUUGGCUGCAGGCCCACCUUUCACCGAAACAUAUGCACCAAGGUGCUGCUGGCUGAGGGCAUAGAGUCACCCUUCACUGAGCACUGCCGCAACUUUGAGAAGAGCUACAGGGUUCUUCAGACAGAGGUCCAGAGGCUGAAGGACGAGGUUCAGGAGAUGCACAGAGACCUAACAAAACAUCACUCUCUCAUCAACACGGACACUAUGGAUGAGAUCCUGGAAGGGUCUCUACUCAUUGACAAACAGAUCGCAUCUCAGUACUCUGCUGUGCAGACUCAGAGGGCCAUAUUUGAAGAGAUAUGGGAUGUGACCUUUCAAAGAGUAACCAAAGAGCAAGAGAUCUACGAAGCACAGCUCCAUGACCUUCUGCAGCUGAAGCAAGAAAAUUCCUACUUGACAACCAUUGCACGACAAAUUGGGCCCUACAUCUUAUCCAUAGCAAAAGUAAAAGAGCGUCUGGAACCCAGACUUCAAAAGCCUGAGAAUGACUGUGUGGAUAUUGUAGUGAAAAUAUGCGAGGAUGGCGCAAUGACUGCUGAACAAAACCGCUGCAAUGAGAAGAGUCGCUCAGCAGGAUAUGAUCGGGACCCUGGCACAGACAACUCUCUUAUCAUGCCGCCUGGUGAAAUGCUACUAAAGAGCAGUGACUUCUGCUGGCAAGGAAAGUAGAUAAAUAUUUCAAAGGUCUCUUGCGGCAAAGAGCUGCCACUAUAGAGCCGCAUGUCAGGAUGAUGGUGAACACUGACCACAAAUGUGGCAUGUGCUUUCAAGCAUGUGCUAGAUGUCAACACAUGAACAUGGGGCUUGACAGUAACUGAAAAAUAAGAAGGACACGAUUGGAAUAUUGAUAGCAUGAGUGUGUCAAAUCAAAUGGACCUUAACUGUAAACCGUUUGGAUCGGAUGGUCCAUAAAUGUUUCACAGACCAGUGGAUUGUGAUUUUUUUUUUUUUUUUUUAGAACUUAAACUUAGAAAUAAAUAAGUUAAAUAACUUGUAUAAGAUGAAGUACUAAAAUCGCUAAAGCUAAAACCAAAAAAUAGAUUAACACUAACUAUAAAUAUAGAAAAAAGUUUUUAAUUAAAUUGUACAAUUAAAAUUUUAAACUACAAGAAGUAUAUUGAAAAUAUACAUAAAUACUAAAGUAUCUAAAAAAUAAUAUUAAAAAAUAUUGUUGGCAUGUAUAGAGAGUAAAUAGGAAAUAUUUAAAACUAAAAUUAUGUCAUGAAUUCUUAAAAGCCUAUUUUCAUAAAAUAUUUUCAUGGUUUCAUAAAAUCCUAGCUAUGUUUUUUUUAUUUUAUUUUUUUAUGUGUGCUGUCAAAUAAAUACUGAUUGUGAGUGCUGAACAGCCUUUUUGAGCAAAAGUUUAAUAAAUUAAAUAUAAUAUAAUAAGAAAUAAUCUAUUUAAAAAGUUCAAAGAUUUGCAUAUCCCUCAUACCAGCUGGAUGUUCAUUAAAAUACAUUUAGAGGAACACAGGAGACCAUUUGUAUACCAAUGCUACAGGGUGGGGUUUUUCAGUGUGCUACAGCCAUUAAGUUUCUGUGAAAUGUUGGGUCUGCUGAUCAUGGCUGUCAUUACCUUCCCCGUGUGUAAGAAUGGAAAGAGAGCUUAACAUAGCAUCUCAUAAAAUCAGAUUACUGCACUUCAGACCAAUGCCCCAGAGAAUAAACUGUAUAAACAGACAUAAAUUAAAAACAGAUUGAAGGAUAAACAGCUUGCCAAGUGUGUCAAGCAACCAUUCGUGGAGAUUUAUGAAAAAAGACAAUGAUCAUGACAUAUAUUUAAGAAAUAUUCUAAAUGAGUAGCCAUGUUUGACAUCAGUGUCAGUGGUGAUACAUAAGAGCCAAUGGUAUUUGGCGUCAAAUGUGUGAUGCAACUACAGGAAGCAUAUUUGAAUUUGCAUACACUGUUAAAAACAGUUGUGCUGCUUAAUAUUUUUGUGUAAACCGUGAUGCUUUUUUUUAGGAUUCUCUGAUUAAAAGGAAAGUUCAAAAGACCAGCAUAUGUAUCAAUGUAAAAGUGUCACAUUUGAUCAAUUUAACGUGUACUUGCUGAAUACAAGUAAUAAAGGGUUAGUUCACCCAAAAAUUUAAAUUCUGUCAUUAAUUAUUCACCCUUAUGUUGUUCCAAACUGGAAAGACCUUUGUUCAUCUUCGGAACACAAAUUAAGAUAUUUUUGAUGAAAUCCGAGAGUUUUUUUAACCCUGCAUUGACAGAAACACAACUACCAUAUUCAAGGCCCAGAAAGGUAGUAAGGACAUCUUUAAAAUAGUCCAUGUGAUAUCAGUGGUUCAACCAUAAAGUUAUGAAGCUAUACCCAUCAGCCCACCAUGACAAGCUCUCUUCUCUUCGAUCUCACCUGUCCCUGGCUCAGCUAUGACCGGCUAGACAGCUUUCUUCGAAACAACCAUUAGACAUUUGUAGUGUCUGAAUUUUAUUUUAUAUGAAAAGGAGGCAACACUCUCACGGUCAUCUUGGAUUUUUGUCUAAUUAUGUUUAUUUUAUUGUACAAGGACCUUUC